CUUGAGAACCACAGGUCUCAACUUAGAGCUUUACCUUUUCUAAUUCUGUAUUAUACUACUCCUCUAUUAUGCUGUGUUUCCUUCUCUUUUCUGGAUUUCUGCAUUACCAUAGGAGAUUCACCAAUUUUUGUUGGAGAACAGAAAGAAAAGAACACCCUUUUUAGUUGUAUUAAUAGAAAUGAAAUGGGAUCAGUUUGUUGCAAUUACGCUGGCCAUCAAACAAAUUGCUGGGAAUACUGUCAAGCAAUUUUUCGAACAGAUACUUCUCCGGGCCCUUCCCAGAUAAAGACUCUUGAAAAUUACUGCGUUUCUGUGAGCCCAAUGUUACUGAAUUGUGUGAAUAACUAUACACAGUCAUAUCCAAUGAGAAAUUCAACAGAUAGUUUAUACUGUUGUGAUAGAGCAGAAGAUUAUGUUUGCCAAACAGCUUGUAAAAGGAUACUAAUAUCAAUGAAAACGGAACAUGAAAUUGUGGAUGGACUUAUUGAAAGCUGUAAAACAAUGCCUCUUCCACAGGAUCCUCUUUGGCAAUGUUUCUUGGAGAGCUCAAGAUCUGUUCAUCCUGGAGUGACACUGCAUCCACCACCUUCAACAGUUCUCGAUAGUGCUAAGUUGCACUGCUGUUCCAAAGCAAAUACUUCUUUGUGCAGGUGGUAUCUGGCUGUUUCUAGAGCAGUGGUGUGGUGGCAAGGGAAGGCUUCCAUCCAAGAUGUGUGUACUAAACUUUAUACAAGCAGCUGGGGCAAUACACAAAGCUGGCAAGAAUUUGAUCGUUUUUGUGAAUAUAAUCCCAUUGAAGUUUCCAUGUUGACUUGCUUAGCAGAUGUACGUGAACCUUGUCAGCUUGGCUGUAGAAAUCUUACUUUCUGCACUAAUUUUAAUAACAGGCCUACUGAACUCUUCAGAAGCUGCAAUGCCCAGUCAGAUCAAGGAGCUAUGAAUGAUAUGAAACUUUGGGAAAAAGGAAGCAUUAAGAUGCCUUUUAUAAAUAUCCCUGUACUUGAUAUUAAAAAAUGCCAACCAGAAAUGUGGAAGGCAGUUGCUUGUUCACUGCAAAUUAAACCUUGUCAUAGUAAAUCUAGAGGAAGUAUUAUUUGCAAGUCAGAUUGUGUAGAAAUUCUCAAAAAAUGUGGAGACUUAAGCAAAUUUCCUGAGGGACAUAUGGCUGAAAGCAUCUGUGAACUUUUAUCUCCAGCUGAUGAUUUGGAGACUUGCAUACCUUUAGAUACAUACCUUCGUCCAAGUACAUUGGAUAAUAUUGUGGAAGAUGUUACACAUCCCUGUAACCCAAAUCCCUGUGCUGCAAAUCAAUUGUGUGAAGUAAAUAGAAAAGGAUGUCAGCCUCUCGAACUUUGUCUUCCUUAUUUUUGUAUACAGGGCUGCAAAUUGGGUGAAGCCUCUGAUUUUAUUGUCCGUCAAGGUACACUCAUCCAAGUACCAUCUUCUGUUGGAGAUGUUGGGUGCUAUAAAAUUUGCACGUGUGGCCAGAAUAGUUUGUUAGAAAAUUGUAUGGAAAUGUAUUGUAUUGAUCUCCAAAAGUCAUGCAUUGUUGGAGGGCAAAGAAAAAGCCACGGAACAUCUUUUAAUAUAGACUGCAAUGUCUGUUCAUGUUUUUCUGGGAACUUGAUAUGCUCCACUCGUCAGUGUCUCAAUGAAUUAAGUUCAGAUGAUGAACAUCACCUAUUUACAGGUCUGCCAUGUAACUGCGCCGAUCAGUUUGUCCCAGUAUGUGGCCAGAAUGGACGUACUUAUCCAAGUGCAUGUGUAGCACGUUGUGUUGGGCUACAUGAUAAUCAAUUUGAAUUUGGCUCCUGCAUUUAUAAGGAUCCUUGUAACUCUAAUCCCUGCCCUAAAAAUCAGAGAUGUUUACCAAAGCCACAGGUUUGUUUAACAAGUUUUGAGAACUAUGGUUGUAACCAAUAUGAAUGUGUGCCAAGACAAUUCAGUUGUGGUGACCAGUUGCAAGAUCCUGUUUGUGACACAGACAAUAUAGAAUAUAAUAAUCUCUGUGCUCUGCAUCAAAAAGGAAAAAUUAUAUCAUACAAAGGCCCAUGUCAGUCUUUUUGCAACUCAAUAGAUUUGGUAUGUGGCCAUAACGGAGAAACGUAUAGCAACAUCUGUGCUGCUUUUUCUGAUCGUGUGGCUGUUGAUUACAAUGGACCUUGUCAAGCUGUAGGAGUCCUUUCUGACUACAGUUAUCAUGGAGAAUGUGUAUCUGUUACAUGUUCCCGUCUUUCAGCCACAGGAUACAAGCCAGUUAUCCCACCAGGAGCUUGUUGUCCUUUGUAUGCAGGAAUACUGAGGGUCUUAUAUGACAAAGAAAAAUUGGAUACUUUUGCCAAGAUAACCAACCAAAAGCCAAUCACAGUACUUGAAAUACUUCAAAAGAUCCGCCUUCAUGUUUCUGUACCGCAGUGUGAUGUGUUUGGAUACUUCAGCAUAGAAUCUGAACUUAUAAUUCUUAUCAUUCCUGUUGAUCAGAAUCCUAAGCCUCUUCAGAUUGAAGCAUGCAAUAAAGAAGCAGAAAAGAUAGAAUCACUGAUCAACUCUGACAGUCCUGCUUUAGCAUCCCAUGUACCUCUCUCAGCGCUUAUUGCAGCCCAGGUGAAAGUUUCAUUCAAGAUGUCUUCUUCCCGUAGUCAAGUUAUAUUAGCAGAUUAUUUGGUCUUUUGGCACGUUAUGCUAAUUUUUUUAGCUAUCAAGUGUAAUACAUAAUAAAAAAAUAUUCAGGUAGACUUUAGUAUUUAUUUUGCGAAAGACAUUCUAAUCUAGUGAAGUAACAAUGUCAUAAUCUGUGGACCUACUUGGCCCACAAGGAUUACUUCACACAGUUCCAACUGUGCCAUUUUAAUUACAAAAUUGGAUUAUUAUUUGGCAUUAACUUAAUCUUUAAUAUUUUGUAAAGUAGCAAAUAAGCAGUGCUGUACAAUAUAACCAAGUCCUGACUAUAAUAAUGUUUUUCAGUGAUGAAGGAAGCAUAAAAAAAAAAUCACUGUGGUGCUUCUGUAUACAUGCUCGAUUUUUUUAGCCUUGUUUAGUCAGGCUUGUUUGGAAAUAUCUACUGUAAGGUUUUGAAUGUUCUGGCAAGGGAAGUUCAAGUGGCUUCAGGCCUCUAUAAAUGGAAGAUCAUUUUUAGUCAGAUAGCUUGCUGUUAUUGUGAGUCUUAUAAUUUCCUAUGGAUGUGUUCAAUUAUUUUUUAAAAUUAUAGUUUUAGUGUUUUAACCAUAUUUGAUUAUUAGAUGCCCUGAGCACUAUUUUUAGUGACAAACCAAGAUAUAAAUUAAAUUAAUAAAUUAUUAAAUACUAUUGGAUAUUUUAAACUGACAAUAUUAACAGGACAUAUUAAAUGAGUGUAUAUUUACACUCAUUAACAGGUAUAACUCUAGUAUAUAUUUUUCAGUUCUCUUCUGUCACAAGUUUUAAACUGCACCUCAGCACCCAAACAUCAGGUAAUCUUUUUGGAAGUAUUAUUUUUUAUUAAGCCUAAGCUCAGUUGCAUUUUUACCAGUCCCUCCCUGCCUUAUGUAAUAAUUCUAAAUCUAGCUUAUCCAAAUAAAGUUACUAAGCAGAAUUAGAACUGUGAGGGAAAAAUUAAAAACACAAAUGCCAAAUAACAUGUUUUCCUCAUAUCAUGAAAAUGUAUGUUUCUUCUGUGCUAUGCAAGGAUACCAUAGUGUAUAUGUCCAUGCCAAUUUCUAUUUUUCAUCCGUGCAUAUAGGUCAAAUUGUCCAUAUAUAAUAAAGAUUAAUCCAGGGCAUAGUUUGUGUAUGUGAACCAUCCACUCUGCAUAUACCAAGAGCUUAUUGUAGAGGCAAGGUUGGAUUAAAAUAAUUGUUUUCAUUUUCUUUGAAGAUGAAAUUGAUGUUUGCAUUCGUUUGUCUUUUGUGUAUAAAUUUUCACAGUUGAAACAUAUUUUAUAAGAUUAAAAAAUAUUUUUAUAUUAUUUUGGAGGAGGGGUGCUGGAUGUCACAUGCCCCCUCAGUGCAAUGGAAAUAGCACUGCCUGGUUUAACAGUAUAUUAUUCAGAAUAUCCAUUUUAAAAAUUAGCUUUUGAUGAAAAUAUUGCUGCUGCUACUAAAUAAAUGUACCAAAAAUUCAUACAUUUUCAUGUAGAAUCCUAGAAUCAUAUUACUGAAAAUAAAUACAUAAUAAAGAAUAUAGGCAUAAGCCUUGUUCUGCAAAGAAUGUGAAGUAAAAUUAGUUGUGCACAGAAGGAUUUGCUGAAUACUAUUGCCCCAUUAUCGGUCAUGUUUUAAAUUAGUUUUCAUUCUUGUGUUUAAAAUAUAUAAAAGAUGCAGCUUUUAUAUAUUUACACAGAUUUUCUUUGAAAAACAAUAUGAUAAAGAGCAUUAAAUAUUUGUGAAUAUCACUCUAAAUAAUGCAGUAUUUGCAUAUUAUUCUAUAUACUUAAGUAAAGAUUUUAUAUUAUUACACUCCAAUAGGAAUGUUUUUGUACAAAUCAUAAACAGAAGCUAUCCAGGUGCUAAAUAGAGAUUUACUACAUAAUAAUCUGGAUUAUGCUUCCAUGCUUUUUGUGCACCUGAUCUUUUCUAAUAUUUUGUUAUCAGUAUUAUUAGAAGUCAUUUUGAAGUAUGUAUCAAUAGCACUAUCUGUACCAAAUUCUUAAAUAUUAAAAAAUGAAAACUAUCUUAGCAUUUCUGUUAGCAAUAAUUUGUGGCAACUAUUUUAUUUGAUGCUUAUAAAUAAGAAAUCUUUGCAAUGUAUUAUCAAAGCUUUUAUUUUAAUAAAAUAUUUUAUAUUUUAUGCCUCA